GCAAAGUUCCAACACACGUAAAAGUGCAUUUCACUCAUAUUUUGUAACAUCCAAAUUUACGGACAACAGCACGAACAAACAUACGAUAAUAAUUUGAAAAACGGUUAGAACCGCGUAAACCAGGCUCUUAAUCUCGAGUGACUCAGACGAGAAACGAGCGUAUCGGUAAACGGAAAUCGACGUUGGAGUCGGUAAUUGCCGGUAAAGAAAGCGAAAGAGAAACAGAAACGAUUGAAAAAAUUCGUCGUGAUCGACUGUUUAAUAGAUCCCGCGAUCAUUGACACAGGGACGGAUAAACGUGUGUGCUGCAGAUGCGGCGGCAGAUGUAGCAGGAAUAGCGCGAGCCAGGAACGUAGGAAGCAUAUAGACGAAUAAACAGUGGACGACACGAAACGGCACGGAACAGCAUAGCACGAACAGGAGCAACAGCACAUCAGAGAGGAGGGUAGCUGUGGUGUCGCUGGUACCGCUUAGCAGUGGUGGUGGUGGGUUCGGGCUCGAACUCGAGGCUCGGGCUAGCUAAGAAAUACGUUGAAUCGUCCACGCGGCAUCAUUUAGACUUUAGUCAUUUGCCGCGCAGUCUCGUAAGGGUGGUUGUGUACACACGUUGAGAGAAGAGAUAGAAGAGGAAGAAGAACGUUUAUUUGAAAAAUGAAGACCGCGUGACCCGCACCGAUCAUUAUUCGAAUCUAUACUUGCAUUAAGGAAAGAAGUAUCGAAGGAAGCGUGGUAUACGUACUCUGCUUGUAUAUCGCGCACGAUUUCACGCAUCUCGUGACAGUGUCAACGACGCACUGUAAACGCGAUUCCAAGCAAUCGUGAAAACGCGUGAAACAAGGAAACACCGUUUUCGCGACAAAGCGAGUCUCGUAUCAAGUCGCGAGAGAAAGAUAGCAAAGAACAGAGAGAGGUAGAGAGAGAGAGAGAGAAAGAGAAAGAGAGAGAGAGAAGAAAGUCGAUAGGGAGUUUCGAGAAUCUGGUCGUGGGUAGAACACGGGGAUUCAGGUGACGCGAACCAGUCCGACUAGCGACGCAGCACUAACACAACGAGAGCAUUUUGAGGCCCGCCGACAAAAUGUCCAAUUCCCAGAGGAGACAGAUGAUGCAGCCAUGGCCUCUGUGCCUUGUGUCUUUUUCAAAAACGAAGGAACACAACGUUUUACCAAAAUAUUACACGAGGGUGCCUCCGGUUACGAGAUCGGUCACGAACGAUUCGGGUAUCAACCUAGAUUGUUCGUCCAACACGACGAUUGCGACGAACGCGAGUCCGUUCAACAGCCAGACAGCCUUGAUCGCGGAGAAAAAGGUGAUUCUUUCCGGCAACAGCGUCACCGCCACCAGUAACCACUACUAUGCGCAGAACUUGAGGAACAAUCAUCAGAAGACCCUGAGCGGGUCUCAUAUGUACGAUCCCCUCGACAAGGGUAUCGAUCACGAUUACAAACAACUCGAUCCAUUGUUGGUCGGUGAACCCCCGUAUACGGGGAUUGAGCUUACCAAGCCAACCAUGAGUUCUCAAAAUGUCAAACCGACCAAGGACUCGGACACCGUUAUGCGUACGCAGUUCCAGAAGGAACCGAAACCAUCCAUCAUGCGUUUCGCCAAUCAGGUGUUGGCUGCCUUGUCGGUGUCCAUGUGUUCCAUGGUGGUAGGUUACUCGAGCUCCUAUACCUCGCCAGGUUUGGUUUCAAUGCGGGACAACGCGACGGCUACGUUCGAAGUAACGAAAGAAACCGGCAUGUGGAUAGGAUCGAUCAUGCCGUUGAGCGCGCUCUUUGGAGGCAUGAUCGGUGGACCAAGCAUCGAAUACCUUGGUAGAAGAAACACUAUUCUGGCCACCGCAUUACCCUUCAUCGCAGCCUGGCUGCUAAUCUCCCUGGCAACGAACGUUGCCAUGGUGCUCGCCGGUCGUGCUCUAUGCGGGUUCUGCGUUGGCAUCGCGUCGCUUUCGCUACCGGUGUAUCUUGGUGAAACGAUACAAGCCGAGGUGCGUGGUACCCUCGGUCUCUUACCAACUGCUUUUGGUAAUACAGGAAUUUUAGUCUGCUUCAUAGCCGGCAUGUAUCUAGACUGGAGAAACCUCGCGUUACUCGGCGCUGCUUUACCGAUACCGUUCAUGAUUCUGAUGUUCGUGAUUCCCGAGACUCCUAGAUGGUAUAUCUCCAAGGGGAAGGCAAAAAGGGCGCGAAAAUCGCUACAAUGGCUGCGAGGCAAAGGCACCGACAUUACCGACGAACUGACCUCCGUUCAAAAGUUACACACCGAGAGCGAACGUAACGUUUCGCAGGGUGCAUUCAUGCAACUGUUCAAGAAAAAUCAUCUGAAGCCACUUUUCAUCUCGCUCGGUCUAAUGUUUUUCCAACAAUUUUCGGGAAUCAACGCUGUUAUAUUUUAUACCGUUCAAAUAUUUAGGGACGCUGGAAGUAGCAUCGACGAGAACAUCUCUACCAUCGUUGUAGGUAUCGUAAACUUCAUUUCAACGUUCGUUGCGGCAUCCGUUAUAGACAGACUAGGCAGAAAAAUGUUGCUGUACAUAAGCGCUAUAUCGAUGUGUCUAACUCUAUUCACAUUCGGUACGUUCUUCUACGUGAAGGCGGCAGGAGUGGAUGUGACGGCAUUCGGUUGGAUACCGUUAAUGAGUCUGAUCGUUUACGUAAUCGGCUUCUCUCUGGGAUUUGGCCCGAUUCCAUGGCUGAUGAUGGGCGAGAUUUUGCCGGUUAAAAUACGUGGCUCGGCAGCCAGCGUAGCCACGGCCUUCAACUGGAGUUGCACGUUCAUCGUCACGAAGACAUACGAAGACAUUGUUUCGGUGAUCGGACCGUACGGCACUUUCUGGAUGUUCGGUACGAUCGUUCUAGUUGGUUUUGUCUUCGUAAUCGUCAGCGUACCAGAAACGCGAGGUAGAUCUCUCGAGGAAAUCGAGAAAAGAUUCACCGGACCGGUGAGAAGAAUGAGCGCGGUCGCUAACAUGAAGCCUAUGCCUAUGGCCUGUUAAUUGUUCCUCUCUCGUUCGCUCUCAACGUCGAUAGUUAACCAAUCGAUCCGUUCGACUAACGCGACGAUGAUCGCGACGUCGACACUAACUCGCGCGUGUUUCGCUUCGUUAUGAAACGAACGAAUCCUAUGGGUAUAGUUCCUUCGGUCUGUCGAUAAGAACGAGCGAAGGGCACGUGUCUAGAGAGAACCGUCUUCCGGAUCGAUUCUCUCCUUUUUUCAACUUUUUUUCGAUUCGUACGCGGCUGCUCUCUGCUUCGUUCACUUUCGUUUCUCCGAUCGUCUCUUUAUUCCGGCCCCUUUCCAAACGACCCUAUACACGCGAAGAAACCGUUCGCUCCGACAACACCAAUUUUUUAUUUCUUUUUAAACCAAACACCAAAUACUCUUCGUUGUCGGAAAAUUAUUUCCAUUGCGUCUCUAGCUUCCUGGAAAGGUGCGAGCAGAUGGCAGCCGAAGAAAGCAACAGGAUAAAGACAAACGCGCGAAAAAAGAAAAAGAAACGAAGAGAAAAGACGAAGGAAGUUUUAGAGAGCGGAAGUUUCGGUAGAUCAGCUUGUUGUUUGUAUGUACUUACGAAAAACGCUUGCUUGACGCAACACCGGCUGAUAGUUUAACGACAUAAUUGCGAACGCAAGCUCAACUUGAGAGAACGAUCCGUUGACUAGACGUCAUACGUAACCGUUAUUUUUCUUAUUUCAAAUACUUUACAGGGUCUACCUCAAAUUAGUACUUUUACUAAAGGUAUACGAGUAGGUUAACGACAAGGAUGAAUUAUUUAAUUAGUACACGUGUGUAUAGAUUCGAGUACACCGAUAUGUUGUACUUAAGAAAAUGCGUAUAAACAACGUCGAAAAGGGAAAAACAAACGUUUCUUCCUUCUGUAUCACCGCGACAAUAAAAUUUUUCACGCGACGGUCGUAGAGGUAAUUCUUGUGCAUUUCUAUCAAUAUCGACCGUCGCGUUUGUACAUAUGUAUGUAGUUACCGAUUUGCGUCAAUGAACAAUUGCGUCAUCUAUCAACGAACUAAAUCGUAUCAUUCAGAUAUAAGUUAAGAAAUACGCGUUUAUUUUUUCAUCGUUGAAAUUGAUGUAACUCACGAAAGAAACGUAUCGCGCACAAUGGCGCACGACAUAUCGCAUUUCUUGCGUACACAUGUAUAUACUGAAUGCAUGUAUAUACUUUGAGAAUCGGUUCUCGUUAUACAACGAUAUAUAUUUGUAACGCGAUUUUUACACAGUAUGCGCUUUUAAUUCUUCAUUUUUAGUCCUAGUUUCCGAUAAUAUGUACCGAGAUCUGUUUCAGUUCAAUCGAAUCUCGUUUGUACUUAAGCGUCGCGCGUCCUGUCCCCCGUGUCCCUGCCCAAUUCAUUUUUCCUCGUACUACUUUCCUCCUUCACGCCUGUAUUUUUCUUCCAUUCUUUUUUCCCCAAUGCGUGGAUGUAUUCGCAUCGUUCUCGAUGUCGUGCGGUGGUUAAACUGCCUUUAUUCACGCAUCAUCAUUCCGAAUCUCACCACUGGGACAAGACAAGAAAACGUUACGAAACAUUCCUAUCUCGUAUACUUUCACGUACGAUCUAGAUCUAUCACGUCACAAGAAAUACGUGUUCCCUCGGGAAAGGCUUUGUUUCGUACGCCCUAGCCCUUUCUUUUUCCUUCUACUUUUACCUUUUUAUUCUCGUUUCUAUUUACCCAAUUAACAUUUCUAUCGCGUGCCGCUUAGGCGUAGGGUGCUUGCCAAAUUUUGAGAAAAAAUAUCGUUCGAAGAUUUGUAACUUUACUACUAUUAUUUCCAUUCGCGUUGAAUUGACAUGUACAUUUCUAAGUUAUUAAAAUAUAACGUUUGACAAAAUA